CUUUCAUUCUCUCGGCGGUAACUAGGCAACGAGACGCUUCACAGAAGCCAACGUUGGAGAUUUUUCAGGCAUUUAAGUUAAAACAAAAACAGGCAAACAUACAGCAACAAUUGAUAUUAUUCUGAUGUGUUUAAGGUUAUUUUUUAUUGUGACAUCGUUCUAGUCUGACGUUUUUGUUACUUUUUGGCUAUAACUUAACGUUACCUGUUAGAGACUGUGUGGUUGGACAUCAUGUCGGAUGCUGAAGCUAAGGCAGAGAGCAGAGAGAAACCGGGAGAAGAAACACAGGCUGGUUUAUUCAAGAGAAAUGGGAAGUCUCAAGUCUACACUGCAACCAGGGACACACUUUUCUCAAAGAAGACAACUCCUACUGGAACACAUGCAUUGUCACUCGAAUGGGUGUUUGGGAUGAAUCCUGCUCUUCCGACAUUCAGUCUGCAAGAUGAAGGUCAGCUGGUGGUCUUCUAUGCUGCAGUUCAUGCUGGGAUCAUAUAUAAUUAUACUUCAAACUCUCAGCACAUACUUAAGGGUCACUGCAGCCCCAUCUCAUGUAUAUGUGUGAGUGAAGACAGACGCUGGAUUGCAACAGCAGACAAGGGGCCAAAAAGCACAUUGAUCAUAUGGGACUCAUACUCUGGCAUUCCUGUGCAUACAUUCUUUGAUUGCCACCCUGAGGGGGUUGUUACUGCGAUGGCAUUUUCAAGAGACACAAAACGUCUGGUGACCCUUGGGUCUGAGGAAGUUCAAUGUGUGCGUAUAUGGGAUUGGACAAAUGAAACAGAGAAGCCUUUGUGGUUUACACAACUCAGUCCUAAACAUGGUUUUCAAGGUUACAUCCUUUUUAAUCCAAAUGAUAGCACUCAGCUGCUCAGCAGCAGUAAAAGCCACGUGUUAUUUUACAGCACAGGGAAGGGAGGUCUGCAGUACUUUGCCAGGAAACUGAAAAAGGCACAGCAUUCUCCUGACACUGCUCAAACCUCCAACAUGGUUGGAUGGUCACCCAACCCGUCUGUGUUUCACUGGACAAAGCCUCAGGUCCUAACAGCAACUGCAGCAGGCGAACUUGUGGUGUGGGAAGUGCUGAAAUGCUUUGCUGCAAAUCAACCUGCCGGCAAAGAUCAAAUAAGGACCUUUCACCUUCAGAAAGAUCCAAUCACUGUUCUCGCUGUAACUGACAGCCAUCUCGUAACUGGUGACACUCGAGGCCAUAUCAAGUUUUAUGAUGAGUCAUUCAGCAUUCUCACUUCCUACACUCAAUUCAAUCUGGACGCAAUCGUUUCCAUUUCCUUUUCCAAAGAAAGUGCAGAGGGAUACCUGAAGGAUUGCAGUCUAGAGGAAAAACCAUUAAUCAUCAGGAACUUUGUUGUGUCCACAGUCACUUCCACCAUAGUACAUGUGAAAGCACAGAAAAACACGUCUCAAAUCCUGCUACAUGCAGAUAGUGAGCCUCUACAUGCAGUGGCCUGCCACCCCAAACAGCCAGCUGUGGCCAUGGGCAGUCAAGGGGGUAUUUUAAGAGUGUGGGACUAUAACAUCAAACUAAUCAUCUGUAGUAAGGCCUUCGAGACAGAGAAGCAGAUUCAGUGUGUUGCUUUUGACCCUCAAGGAUUUUACCUGGCCGUUGGCUUUGGCACUGGAGCUGUUCACAUACUGAACAGCAGCACCUUACAAAGUGAUCCAGAGGAGUGUUUUCAUUGCACUAAAGACAGCAUUGAACACAUCACUUUCUCCCCAGACUCCAAGUAUCUUGCCACUGCGGAUGUCGGAAAAGCUGUGACAGUGUUCCACUUUCAGACCAAUAAAGGCUCUUCGCCUCGUUGGAUGUAUCUGGGCAGAUACCGCUCCCACUACAAGCCCAUCAAAGACCUCCUUUUUGGCAUUCACCUAGACAGCACCCAGCCCAGACUGCUCUCUCUGGGAAUGGACCGCCGACUGGUGGAGUACGACCUGGAAAAAAGUGAAGAGAAUAAUCUUCUCAUCUUGAGUUCGGAGCGCAUUGAGCAAAGCGCUGUGCCAUUGUGCAUGACUUGGUAUCCCCCCCUCACUGCAGAGCAAUUUCUUCUUGUUGCCUCAGACCAAUACAAGAUAAAGCUUUUGAACAGCACUACCAAGAUGUGCAGAAAGACUCUCCUCGGCCCAACAUAUGGCUCUCCUAUCAAGAAAGUGGAGCUUCUACCCUUGUCUAAAGCAGCCAAGACAAACUCAUAUUACCUGGCAUACAUCACAGAGGACAAGUUGGGUCUCCAGAUUUUGCCUCUGGAUGGGAACCCCUACAAGUCCAAUGCUUUGAUCUGCCAUCCAACAGGGGUGUCUGCUUUGGCAUGCUCCUACGACGGACGAUUUGUUUUCACUGCAGGAAGAUCUGACUACAGUGUCCUGUUAUGGGAGAUAAGCUUCAAUGCAUUGGAGGCAGCAGCUGCCUUGGGAGGAAAGGACAUUGUGCCCUUUUACACUCUGUUAGAGGGAGGCAGAGAUGGCAAGUUCUACCGGGAAAUGGAGGAGUUUUUCUAUUACUGCCAAAUCUCCCAUCAAGGCACUAACUUAAUGAAGAAACAACAAGUGUUGACCACAAUCCCCCUGUCAGAGGUUCCCUCUCUAAUGAGAGCUUUGAACUACUUCCCGUCUGAGAAAGAGAUAGAAGAUAUGCUCAACGAGGUCAAGUUCAGCAGGUAUGCUGAAACAGGAAAAUAUGUGACCGACAUCGACCUGGAGGAGUUUAUCAAGCUGUAUGUCAACCAUCGACCAGCCUUCGGCAUCUCUCACGAUGAGAUUGCUCAAGCUUUUCGUGUCCUUGGUGCCUGUGAUAGGACAGGACAGCCUGUUCUGCAGAGACAUGACUUGCUUGAACUUCUACAGACUCGAGGAGAACCUAUGACAGAAGAAGAGAUAGCAGAGUGUUUCACGAGACUUUUAGGCCUCAAUGAAGAGGACGAGGAAGAAGAAGGAGCAUCAGGAGGGGAAUCUUCUGAUCAUGAAUCUGACGGUGGAGAUUCAAAAUAUACAGUGCUGGAGUGUGCAAUCCCAGAUGUGAUAUCUAUGGAGACAUUUGCAAGUCACAUCCUGGGCUUCCCGUCUUUAACCGAACAGAGUGGCAGGUCCUCACCUCGUAACUGAAA